AUUUUUAAUAUUAUGUGAAUUCGUAUGAUUAUAAUCGUAUAUAAAUGCGCCAAAUACUGAUAUUAAUACUAUUUAAAAUAAAACGCAGAUCAGAGGACGAGUGCAAUAUUUUAUUUUCAUAUACUUAAUAAAAAAACACUCCAUUGAACACAAUUGAUAAUGAAGUAAAGAAUUUUAUUAAUUUCAGGACAAACGACUCGUGGAUUAUGCAAUCGAUAUGCUCAGUACGAUGGUGAAAGUUUGCAUACGCAUGUUAGAAACACCGACUGUGCAGUUUAGGAAACAAGAAACACAUCUGUUCAUGUUACGAGUACUGGUUGGAUUAAUAAUAUUGUAUGAUCACAUUCAUCCAAACGGUGCCUUCGUCAAGGCUUCUAACAUCGAUGUAAAAGGUUGUGUUCGACUUUUGAAGGACCAACCAGAAGAAUUCCAAACGGAAAACCUGUUGAAUGCAUUGAGGUAUACUACGGCCCAUUUGAACGACCCUUCUACUUCAAAAACUCUAAAAGCUCUUCUAAUGGAAGCUUAAACAUCGAUGAUACUCAAUAGUCGAGUUUUUUUUUUUUUGAUAUUUUUUUAUGUUAAAUAUUUU